AAAAAACAAAAAGAAAUUAGAAAAUGCGAUCUACAUUCGUCUAAAUUUCCUCAAAAUCCUUCUUCUUCUUUUUUUUCCACUACAAGUCGCGAUUAAAAUCGAGUUCAUUACUGUUCGAUUCUUUGGUCUUCUUCACAAAGGGAAAUUCGAGGGACCCAAAUGCCAACGAGUCAGCAUCAUGCCGUUAGAACAGACAUAGCAGUGUUAAAAUCUCAGAUUGAGAAGAGGAUUGGUCGGGCCAAAACUGAGAGCUACCUUAAUCUCUUAUCGAAAUUCUUGAGUUUGAAAAUCAGCAAAUCUGAUUUCGAUAAGCUAAUCAUUGCGACGGUGAAGAGGGAGAAUAUAAGUCUACACAACGCUUUGCUAAGAGGGAUUCUUAAGAACGUAUGUCUCUCUUCAAAGACACCUCCGUUGAUAAAGAAUGGUGUAGUAGAUUCAGAGAAGAAGAAGAAGCAAUUAUAUGGAGUUUUUGAGACAAGUCUUAGUUUCCAAUCUUUGUGCAAAGACCUUCCUAAAUCGCCUCGUAAAGGAAGGACUCAACGGAGGUUUAAAGAUAGUAAUGUUAGCAAAGGUAAAAGUCUAAUCACUGAGGUUGUUUCUUCUAGUGGUAGACAACAAUGGUUAAUGGAAAAUGGUGAAGAAGUUGACCAAUUGAUUCGAUGUUGGAGAAGUCAACCUAUUGAAGCUCCUUUUGGUGUUAAUCUUAGAGAUGUUAUAGAGAAACAACAUCGUAUAGGCACAUGUUGUUGCUCCUCUGGUGAGCUUCCUGAUUCGGUUUCUUUAAAGAAGAAACUCGAAGAUGACUCGGGGUUUAUGGAGCAAGGAUUAGAGGUUUCGGUUGGGUUUGCCAACACGUUAAACGCAGGGUUGGAUGUUUUCUUGAAGAGAUUGAUCAAACCAUGUCUUGAAUUAGCAGCUUCAAGGUCUAGUAGCCGCCAAAGAGAAGUAUGUUCUUCAAGUAACGCUUCACCAGCAUCUUCUCUGGUAGAUUUUCAAGUAGCUAUGGAGUUAAAUCCGUCGAUACUCGGGGGAGAUUGGCCUGCAAAGCUUGAGAAGAUCGCCUGCAGAUUCAGACAAGCUACUAACUCUUUAAAUAGAUAGAUCAGAUUCUUCCUUUACAGAGUUUGUUUUGAACAUCUUUAGGUUUUGUGUAUAUAUGUCUUGGUUUGUGUUGAUUUUGUAUGCUUAGGUUGGAUUUGUUAAACAAGUUUAAUAGAAAUAAGAUCAUUAUUAAUA